GAUGUCAAAACUAACGUUAAACUAGAUUUAAUAAAAUCAGUUUGGGGUCCGCUCAGCUUCGGUUCAGAAUAAAAAAAAAAGAGCAUCCAAAGAGAAAUAAAGAGUCUUACUUAAGUCAAACUUUUGUAAGAAGAAAAAAAAAAGGACUCCAAAGACUCAACUUUUAAGCAAAUAUACAUAUAGUUUGUUUCUGAUUUUAUUUUCCUGGUGCGUUUUUUUGUUUGGAUCAAAGGGUUUGCAAAAUGUGAGGGAAUCUGCAGCUUCAAAGCCUGUGAACAAGCUUACAAACAUAGUGCUCAUAUAAAGAUAUCAUAUAUGGCUUCUACUGGUAUGGCGCCCACUUCAGCGGUUGGAAAACCUACUGUUAAUACGACUUUCGUUGACAAACUCCCAGAGGAGAUCAAUGAGAUGAAGAUCAAGGAUGAGAAAGUUGAAAAGGAAAUGGAAGCAACAGUGGUGGAUGGAAAUGGUACUGAAACAGGACAUAUUAUAGUUACUACUAUUGGAGGUAGAAAUGGUCAACCCAAGCAGACGAUAAGUUACAUGGCUGAGCGUGUUGUAGGUCAGGGCUCUUUUGGAAUUGUAUUUCAGGCUAAGUGUCUAGAAAGUGGAGAAACUGUAGCAAUCAAGAAGGUUUUACAGGAUAAGAGAUAUAAAAACCGUGAGCUGCAAACAAUGCGCCUACUUGAUCAUCCCAAUGUCGUGUCACUCAAGCACUGCUUCUUUUCAACAACUGACAAGGAUGAGCUCUAUCUUAAUUUGGUGCUUGAAUAUGUUCCCGAGACUGUAUAUCGUGUAGCAAAGCACUAUAGUAGAGCAAAUCAGCGAAUGCCUCUGAUAUAUGUCAAACUCUACACAUACCAGAUUUGUAGAGCUUUGGCAUAUAUCCAUGGGGGUGUAGGUGUAUGCCACAGGGAUAUUAAGCCACAGAAUCUUCUGGUUAACCCCCAUACUCAUCAGGUCAAGCUAUGUGAUUUUGGAAGUGCAAAAGUUCUGGUCAAAGGCGAGCCAAAUAUAUCAUAUAUCUGUUCUCGAUAUUAUCGUGCACCUGAACUCAUAUUUGGGGCAACAGAGUACACAACUGCAAUUGACAUAUGGUCUGUUGGUUGUGUCCUUGCCGAAUUGCUUCUUGGACAGCCUCUCUUUCCAGGUGAGAGUGGAGUUGAUCAACUUGUUGAGAUUAUUAAGGUACUUGGGACUCCUACUCGAGAGGAGAUAAAAUGCAUGAAUCCGAACUACACAGAGUUCAAAUUCCCUCAAAUUAAGGCUCAUCCUUGGCAUAAAAUAUUUCACAAGCGCAUGCCUCCAGAAGCAGUAGAUCUUGUCUCAAGACUUCUUCAAUAUUCUCCAAAUCUAAGGUGCACUGCAUUAGAGGCCUGUAUCCAUCCAUUUUUUGAUGAACUUCGUGAUCCUAAUGCUUGCCUUCCUAACGGUCGCCCCUUGCCUCCAUUAUUCAACUUCAAACCUCAAGAGCUGAAAGGAGCGAGUUUGGAGCUUCUGGCCAAGCUGAUACCAGAACAUGCUCGAAAGCAGUGCCCCUUCCUUGGCUUCUAAAUUGAACGACCUAUGUUCAUCGGUGCAAAGAAAUUGUGCUAACGUAGCAUAUUUAUCUUUCAUGUUAUCUAUAUGACUAGCCUGUUUUUUCCUGUGAAUCUCAACCAGACAGUCAGGACUUGAGUUGUGGCUGCUGUAUUUUGCUUUCGUAUGGAGAUUAGGACUCCUUAAAUUGUGGCACUAAAUGGUUGGGAUCUGUAACUGUAUUUUGUACCUACCAUCCAUGUACUUGUAUUUUUCAUCUAAUUCACAUUUGACUUUUGCCUGACGUGUUCUAUUCUUCCCUGCACCGGCAAACUUGAUCAUGAUCAGGCUAUCGACAGGGUAAAGAGAUAGUCGGACUUCGCCAUGGAUGGCAGAUCAGGCCCCUCGAUGUCCAGAACCUGAUUGUCUUCCCAGGAAACAGCUGGAGAAAGUUAACAGCAUAGAUAGGACAGAACCUGAUUGAAAGUUUCUGGAUAUCUUACAGAGCCAUGCAACCAAAGACUACGGAGCUGUUUUUCACAAACCUUUCUUUGAGGCAUCUUGAACAACCACUUCCGCUUAGGACAUUAGCAUCAAAAUUUAGAGU